AUGAAAAUCAUUCGUUUCCGAAACGUUGUUUCAUCACUCGGUGGAACGAUAAGUUCAGUUCUGCGGGAACAAGAAGCUGCGUACAAUGCUCUGCAAAGUAAACUCGAGGAGCAUACUGAGCAGAUAGCUCAGCUCACAAAUCGUUUUGGUUUACAACCUCCUUCGCUCCCCACCGAGGUCCAAUCCCUCCCCGCUCCGAGUCGCAGUCGCAAACGUCGUCGCACCGAUGAUGAUCCUAAACCUAGCAAGCCUCUUCUUGGGGGCACUAAGGUAACUGAUGAAGUGUUCGUCGCCACGGUUCCGCAACCAACCGCCACAUUCUGGAUAUACCUUUCACGACUGCACCCUUCAGUCAAAUCUGAUGCAGUUGAGAAGGUCACCAGAGAAUGUCUGAAUUGCGAGGAUGUGAGGGCUAUUCCCCUUAUCAAGCGAGGGACAGAUGUGAACACGCUCAACUUCGGGGUCGGGGUGGACCCCAAGUAUCGCACUGCGGCUCUUGAUCCGUCCACUUGGCCAAGAGGAAUUCUCUUUAGAGAGUUUGAAGACAAUCGCUCUUCAAAUUAUUGGAUGCCCGAUACCGAUCCCCAGACGCCUACAAUUGUGGUCUCGCCAGAUUUCGAUGCAACACCGUCACCUCAAGCUACCCGUUCAAUGGACACCACCGAAUGCUGA